GAAGAAUGGGGAAGGGCCGAAAGUGGCGGGUGGUGCGACGAUUCGCGAUUACGACUCCGUAAGAGAUCGCCUUUCUCUCUCUCAAUCCUUGUUUCGAGAGACGCAAGGUGGGAUUAGGGGCAGGAAGGAUUCGAAGUAAGGACAAGGUGGAUGGGUACAUGGCGGAAGGCCUACGGAGCCCUUAAGGAUUCCACCAAGGUCGGGCUCGCCAAGGUCAACAGCGAAUUCAAGGAUUUGGACAUUGCAAUUGUGAAGGCAACAAACCAUGAAGAAUGCCCACCGAAGGAGCGGCACGUGCGGACAAUAUUUGCUGCUACGUCUGUGGUGAGGCCACGAGCAGAUGUAGCUUACUGCAUAUAUGCACUUGGCAGAAGAUUGUCCAAGACACAUAAUUGGAUGGUUGCCUUGAAAACCCUUAUAGUUAUUCACAGGACAUUGAGAGAGGGCGAUCCCACAUUCCGAGAGGAGCUAUUGAUUUAUUCUCGUCGAGGAAAUGUUCUACAUAUAUCCAACUUUAAGGAUGAUUCUGGUCCUCUAGCUUGGGAUUGUUCCGCAUGGGUACGAACAUAUGCACUCUACUUAGAGGAGCGGCUUUCUUGUUUUAGGAUCUUAAAAUAUGAUAUUGAAGCAGAACGUUUGAUGAAAUCUCCACAGGAGUCUGCCAAAGGACAUAGUCGAACCAGAACACUAUGUUGUCCUGAUCUGUUAGAACAGUUGCUCGCUUUGCAACAGCUACUGUUCCGCCUUAUAGGAUGCCGGCCUGAAGGAGCAGCAUGUGGAAACUUCCUUAUUCAAUAUGCAUUAGCCCUGGUUUUGAAAGAGAGUUUUAAAAUAUAUUGUGCAAUCAAUGAUGGGAUCAUCAAUCUUGUGGAUAUGUUCUUUGAUAUGUCAAAAUAUGAUGCCGUCAAGGCGCUUGAUAUCUACAAGAGAGCUGGACAGCAGGCAGAAUCUCUUUCUGAGUUCUAUGAAUUCGGCAAAUGUUUGGAGCUUGCAAGGACCUUUCAGUUCCCAACUCUGAGACAGCCACCUCCUUCGUUCCUUACAACAAUGGAAGAAUAUGUCAGAGAAGCACCUGGAGUUGGCUCUGUUUCAAGCAAGAAGCUGGAAUAUGAAGAUAGGAAAGUAUUAACUUACCAACAAGAAGAAGCCGCACCUGCAGAGGACGAAAAUCCAGAUGAAGAAGAUGAGAAACAGCCACCGGAAGAGGAACAACCACCAGAAGAGCAACCGCCACCGGAACCUGAACCUGAACCUGAACCUAUAACUGAAGAAGAAGCUCAGCCUGCUACUACCGGAGACUUGCUGGGCUUGGAUGAAAUAAAUCCCGUUGCUGCCGAACUUGAGCAAAGCAAUGCCUUGGCCCUUGCCAUCAUUUCUCCAGGGGAUGAUACAAAGCCUUCAUCAACUCAUGACUUGUUUGGAACUGAUUCUUCCGGAUGGGAGCUAGCACUGGUCACUACUGCGAGCAGCAACACCAGCCAGUUGGUUGAAAGCAAACUGGCUGGCGGAUUCGACAGGCUCUUGCUAGAAAGUCUCUACGAAGAUUCAACUAGGAGCCAACAAAUUGCUGGUGCUUACAGCAGCGGCGGUCUGGACGCCAAUCCUUCCGAUUACAAUGAUCCCUUCGCCGUGUCGAACAGCAUUGCGCCGCCACCAAGCGUGCAGAUGGCUUUGAUGGCACAGCAGCAACAACAGCAGCAGCAGCAGUAUUACUACUAUCAACAGCAGCCGCUACAGCAGGAGCAGUAUUAUCAGCAGCAGGAUCCGAGUAUGAUGGUGCCUUAUCAACCUCAGCAAGCUCAGCAGCAGAUGGCCUCUGCCAACCCCUUCGGCGACCCAUUUGCCGGCUUUCCACAGGGUGCAACCACACAAAGCAAUCAGCAUCUGCUCUAAUAAGAAUGCGUUGUAUUGUUCUUCCAGAAUGGUGGAAUGGUGGGGUGAUCAUUCUUGGACUUGAGCUCCAUUAAAUGAGACUGUAACCAAGUCUUUUUCUACUAAACUAUGGAAGCAAACAUGAGUUAGACCAAAAUGACCGGUGUGUUCUUCCAUGGCAGGAAACAAGGACAAGGUUUCAUUGCGCAGUGUUGAAACGCCUGUAUACUUGGUAUGUCAGAUUGUAUCCAAUCUUGUAUCAGAGGAGAUGAUUGACUUGAUUACAGCUUAUUGAUGAAUAUUCUUUUCUUCAUUAUUACAUGAAUUAGUUUGAA